AUGUCGGUUUUUUAUGCUCGCGACAGGAGAACUGGCCAGGAAUGCAGCACUUUUUAUGGUGCCCAAGGUGGGCACGAGUCGAGGGAUUUUAUGUCGGCUGUUAACGGGCGCUCUGAAGUGACAGGGUCAGUUGAGACAAUGUGGAUCUCGAGGAUGUUCACGUUUGUGGCCAUUGGCAGCCUCGUGGCCGAGAAUGUGGGUCGGGUUGAGGCAUAA